AAACCAGCAUCCAAAGUCCAAGGUUUUAUCCCUAAGUUAAUGCUUGUACUAAGAUAUACAUUUUCUUUUGUGUUAAAGAUAAGAUCAAAUGGACUAAAAUAAUGUCAUCGAUGUGCCCACCAUACACUAAAAUAUUAUUAAAACUCCUUCUAUAUCAUAAACUGUCUAACUCUUCAAUAAUUAUCUAAAAACAAAAGCUACAAUUGUGACACACUAUACUCUAAACAAGUAUCUCAGUUUGUGAGUGUUUUAUCAAUAGCAAUUCCACAAAUGGGUUCUCUUAUGGCAGGUUGGGACUCUCCUAUUUCAGAUCCAAAUCUUGUUAAGUAUAGGAGGAAUAAAUCUCUAACAAAGGAAGAAAUUGAAGCCUUUUGGAAAUCCAAGAGACAAACAGAGGAGGAUCACUUGAAGGAUAUUUCUCUUCUCUCACCCCGCAGCAAGAAAAUUCUACUCGAAGAAGGUGGUGAAAGUGAAGCGGGACUUGAUAAAAUAAUACGGAAAAAUGGCUGGUGGGUGAGCAGUAACUGGGCAUUUCUGAAUGAACCGCCGGUAAUUGCAUCGGAAGGCGGUUCUCAGAGAUAUGCAUCACAGUUCCAUGUUGGGGAAACGGCCGGUUCGAGAUUUACCGGUCGGACCGGUAUUGGUGCUUGAGAAUACCGGGUCACCGCUGUUUAUACUUUGUAGAGCUGUGUGUGAGUGUGUGUAUUUGCGUGUUGACUUUUUCUGGUUGGAAUUUCUUGAAUGAGUUUGCGCCUAGUUUGAUGAAUUUGUGUGAAUAUGGUUUGUGUUAUGGCUUUUGUCCUUAUAAUGUAUGAUUUGAUAUUAAUAGAUUUAAUUCCUCUUCAAAUUUGCUUGCCAUUUUGAGGCAUUUCUUUUUGAGUUAUACAUUUUAAUAAAUGUGGUUUCAUCGAUUGUACAACGAGUAAAGUUAAUGUAAUUUUGAGUUAUACAUUUAAACCCCUCGAGGUGUUUUUUUACAUGUAUAAAUACCCACAAGCAUGGAAUCAUGGAAUCAUUCAUGAAAAAUGAGCUCUUGUAUUAUAUUUUUAAAGUUUGUAUAACAUAUUGUGUCCUUUGAUUUUUUUUGCCAAGUCUUGAGAGUUUUAGUCAAUAGUAUUGUUUGUCGAAGGCUUGUAUAUAUAAAAUAUCGCUAUAUACAAGUCGAAAGUCAUUGUAUCUUGGAAGCGUUUGUCAUUAACCAUGUGUACUUUUACGGGGCAAUUUCAUCUGAAGAAGAGCGUAUUUUACGUGUCUCGAUUUUUUUCAUUUUACCGUCUUUUCUUAAGUCAUCUUCUUGAGCUUUAUAUACACAAUAAAAUUUACAACCUUAAGAUGAUAUCUU